UCUCUCAAACUCUACAAAAACCUUUUUUUUUUUUUUAAAUUCUCAAAACGAUAAUAAUUAAAAUUCAAAAUGCCACCACCGAAAAAACCCUCUCGCGGCUUCUCAUUCUUCGGCAUCGCAGCUGGCGGCGGAGGUGGCGGAGCCGGAGACAAUGGUAAAACCGACGAUCCACCGAAGCUGAACAUGGAGGCGGAUAGGGAAGUGUACCGACCUGGUGAUCUAGUCAACAUUACAGUUGAAAUCAAGAACCCAAAGGCGUUGUUUUCGCUUCUGAUCGAAAAACUUAGCUUCGAAAUCAAAGGGAUCGAGAAAUUGGAUACUAAUUGGUUCAGUACUCCUAAGCCUUCCCCUGAUUCUAAGCAGCGUCGAGGAGAAUAUACUUUCAUGGACUGGUUCACACCUACUAUAGUUUCAAAUCAAAUCAUUGCAGCUGGGGCAACCAAGAGAUAUGUUGUGCGAACGAUUCUACCUAACAUUAUUCCACCCUCAUAUAGAGGUGCAACAAUUCGUUACUUAUACUACGCAAGAAGCACGUUAUUUGGGAAGUACUUGAUAUUGGAGAAUGGUCCCUCUGCUACAGAGUCAAUACAAGACCUUCCUGAGAUGGAAGCCCGGAUACCGUUGCAGAUAUGGGUUACUCAGAAAACCAAUGGUUUACUGAGUGAAGGAGAUUAUAAUGAUGGUAUUGUUCCUGCAACUUCUGUUCUCUUGGAUGUGUAUUGGAAAGAGGUGGAUGGAGAUUCUGAAUGGACUAGGGCAAAUGAAAGUUUUGAUGGAGUGGAGGAAGGAUAUGAAAGUUCGAGGGAUGAAAUUUUAUCAGUUUCUUCCUACAUUAAAGAAGACAUUCACCGAGCUUUUGGGAGUUCCUUGUCACUGCAGUCAACUCUUGCAAGGUCUUCCAGUAAAGACUUGUCAAAUCUAGAAGGACGUGCAAGCAUAUCUUCGAAUCUUGCAUUACCUCGAGUAGCAGUGGCUGAAGUCUUGCACGAUAAUAGUGAUGGAGUCUUGUCCCCCAGCAAGUCUGAUGAUACUGCCUUCCAAAGUCGACUGCGGAUACACACAAGAUCCCUUUCCUUAGAUGAUGAAACAAGAGUACCAUCUGCCCCUGGAACUGUUGAAGCUGGAGCAUCAGAAGGGUUUGUUCGAGGAAGAUCUUAUAAUAUCAGAUUGGAUGACCAAGUUCUACUAAGAUUUUCUCCAAAGAACUCUGACUCUUCUUAUUACUUCAGUGAUAUGAUAGGUGGAACUCUAACUUUUUUUCAUGAAGAAGGAGCUAGAAGAUGCCUUGAGCUUUCUGUUACUCUGGAGAUGACAGAGACUAUAAGUAGGCGCUUUGUCCAUCCAUCUAGGAAACAUUCUCCAACUAUUACCAAGGUCCACAGUGAUCACCAUGAGGUUGUUGCAGAUCUAGUGCAGACAAGCUUUUUAUUUUCCAUUCCCAUGGAUGGGCCUAUGUCUUUUUCCACUCAUUAUGUGUCUGUACAAUGGGCUUUGCGGUUCGAAUUCCUUACCACACCUAAGAAUGUCGACUGGACCAGAUAUGAGCAUCCACUUCUGAUAGAGGGAAGAGACAAAUGUGAGUGGCUUCUUCCGAUAACUGUCCAUGCACCUCCCCUUGGGGCUGCUGCAACUCAAAUCCGAAGUGAGAAGCCAUUUUCUCUGGAACCUUUGUGGGUUCGUACCUGAAGCAAUUAUCUGGGUCUCAUAACGCAUGGAUGCUCUCGCGCAUGGAUGGAAACAAAUAGUCGUAAAUGAAGAAACUCUAGAACGUUUGAUGCAUUUAUCUGACCAUUCCUUUGUGCAUUCUCUGUUUUAAUCUGGAUAUCGAAGGAUUAGAACAGAAUCUGAAUGAUCUGUUAUAACUUAAACUUGGUUGCAGGCAAUAAGAAGUCUUGAACAAAGAUACUGAAUGAAUAAGAGAACCAGUGGGGAAUGUCAUUAAUAGGCAAGAGUUGUCAUGGACUCGGGUCAUGUGGGAAAGUGACACCAAAGCCUAGUUACGUAAUGCAUGUUAAAGAACAAAAUUAGGACAUAAAAUCCAGAAGAUGGAUAGCUAUUUAUUGCUUCUUUGACUCCUAAAGAUUGAACUAAACUGUACAUCACCAAUGAGAUAACUUUGUGGUAUUCAUUGCCGUUACGCUUUUAUCCAGGUAAUCUUGCAGCAAUAGGUUUGAAGUUACUUGAGCUCAUAGUAUGCAGUUGCCGUGCUAAUUCUAGUGUUUCCUUUGUAGCUAUUGUAAUGAGACCUUGCUGAAACUACGAUUCUGAGUCAUAACAUGCUGCAUUUAUUAGUGCAUUCUUUUAAGACUGCUGAUUUAUGCAACUAAUAGCUUACAAUGUCUAGAUGCUUAUUGAUUUUGUGUUUUGGAGAGAUGUUUACAACAUU